AUGGAUCUGGGGUGGAACAGCAACUGCAGCAUGAUGAAGGUCUGAGUCUGAGCAGCUCCAGCCUUAAGCUCCACCAGAGAAUAAUGCAAAAGAUGGCAGCGCCGUGUGGAGUCCAGCUACUCUAACAGACGACUCUAACGGAUUGACCCCAGAUACCCAGAGCAUCUACCUGGCUACAACGGUUACAACGAUCGACCAAUACACAGCAGAUCAAAUAAAAUACCCCCGGUCACAUCGAUCACGGCUGGAACGCCGAAAGAGAGACUUACCUGAGAUUUCCACCAUCAGCGGGCCCUCUUCCGGGGCCCUCGCCGGUAAGUCUCCUACCGUGUUGUCUGAUCUGCUUCCUCACCGCUGCGGGCUCCAGGACGGAGCCCUGGCGUGUAAGUGUCCUUCUCGGCACAGUCCAAUCCCCGAUCAAGACUGUCCUCUAUUAGAUCCUGCCUGGUGUCGUUGGCUGUCUGCUGGCUGUUGUUUUCUCCAUUUCAGCCAUGGCUCCACACUCCUCUCCACCCGGCUGUGCCAGCUGCGCCUGUCUGGCGGAAAAGAUCCAGGAGCUGGAACAAAGGAUCUCCACACUCUACCAGAUCCAGGAAGCCGAGAAACUCAUGGACACCAUCGUCUUCAGAACAUCACAUCCCGACUCCACCGGCUCGUCGGAUCCGGACCCCGCCGCUCCCAACACCUCUCCCCCGGCUGCUGCGACCACCUCUCCUCUGCCUGCUCUUCCAUCCUUCUUCCCCGAGGUCUCCUCGACAAGGCUGGGAGCAAAACCCAAGGCUAAUCCAGAGCCUCCAGCUAGCUCCACUCCAUCCCUGCAGGAGCGCUGGUCCCACAUCACCGCCCGCACCAGGAAAACAAAGCUCCCACCUCAGGCUCCCCUCUUCCAACUCCACCUGGAGAACAGGUUUGACACCCUGGACCUCCAUGACUCCCCCCUGCUGCCCGCGGGAUCCCAGCCGAUGUCCACCCGGCUAUCUCAUGGGUCCUCCGGUCCUCCGCCUCCCGUGCCCGACCAUCCGCACGCCGGGUCCCUCCGGCGGCGCUCGAUGCCGUGCUUCACACCGGCACCACGGCUGGCCCGUGUCCCUUCCCUCUCGCCUCAGUUGUCCUCCCCGGCGAGUUCCCCCCCUCCCCAUUCCUCUCUGGUCACGCAGUCUCCACGUCCACUUUUCCCUCCAACGACUUUAAUUGUGGGCGACUCCAUCGUGAGAAACAUCCGCUUUUUUAACGCUCUCACGCGGUGUUUCCCCGGUGCGAGGGUCCUUGACAUUUUAACACUCCUCCCCACUCUGUUAAAAUCUCUGCCAACUUCCAUCCAGAGAAUUAUAAUUCAUGUUGGCACCAAUGACACGUCCCUCCACCAGACCGAGCUCACGAAGGACCAUUUUACCCAACUUUUUAACUUUCUGAAGAACUGUGAACUGUCUGUUUUUAUCAGCGGCCCCAUUCCCACUUCUGGUCGUGGGUGCGGGAGCUUCAGCAGAGUGCUCAGCCUGCACACCUGGCUCCAAUCUGCCUCCCAAACCCAUAGCUUUGCCUUCGUGGACAAUUUUAAUCUUUUUUGGAACCGUUCGUGCCUUCUUAAAUCGGAUGGUAUCCACCCGAACACCGCAGGUAGCCGCAUGUUAGCGGCUAACCUGCAGCACACUGUUCACUGUUUCCCACGUGAUUGA